CAAGGCCAAAGCAGCAGCCUCGAACAGAGAAGAGCAGAGCAUGCGCGGUCAGUUCACUUCAGUUCUCCAUUGGCAGUAAACACAUCCUACAGACCAUUGCCGUGCAGGACAAGGCCUAAUGAGUCUUCUGCCUUGAGAUACUUCUCUCCUUCUGUCGUCGCUUGUGACCACUAUAUUCAUCAUGCGCCUCUUCUCUUCGAUAUGUGUUUUGCUGUUCGCUGUGAGUGGGUUUGUCGCUGCCAAAAGUGCGGUGGGAAACAGGCUGCUUGUUGUUCUUGAGGACGAAUCUCAGAAGAGUCUAUACUCCAAGUUUUGGGCGGAUUUAGAAGCUCGAGACUUUGAAUUGUCGUUCGACUCGCCGCGGAAUGAGCAAUUAUCUCUAUUUAAGCAUGGCCAGUUGGUGUUCGACCAUCUACUCUUGACCCCUCCCAAAUCAAAGGGCUACGGUCCUACACUCACUCCCAAGAUCCUCCUCGACUAUGUCAAUGCUGGAGGAAACAUUCUCCUUGCACUGUCCGCCGAAGCAGGCACUCCUUCCGCCAUCUCCUCCCUCCUUCUCGAGUUCGACAUAUUUUUACCCACAGACAAGCACUCCGUGGUAGUUGACCAUUUCAACUAUGACACUGUUUCCGCAUCUGAGAAGCAUGACGUUUUACUCGUCAGCCGACCCACUCUGUCAAGAUCAGACGUCGUUGAUUUCUUCGGUGGUGGAGGCAUCUUAGCCUUGCCUAACGCUGUGGGACAAACUCUCGGAAACAACAACCCUCUCCUGACACCACUACUGAAAGCUCCCGCCACAGCAUAUGCAUACAACCCCAAAGAUGAUACUGAGAGUGUCGAGGAUGUCUUUGCAACAGGGUCACAAUUGGCACUAGUGUCGGCAAUGCAGGCUCGCAACUCAGCUCGAUUUGUGGUCUUGGGUUCAUUGGAGUCAUUGCAAGAUAAGUGGUAUGGCGCCUCGGUGAAGGCUCCAGGAGGUGGAAAAUCAGUCAAGACGGUGAACCAGGAAUUUGCCAAGCAGGUGACAGAGUGGGUGUUCAAGGAGGUCGGAGUGCUCAAGGUUGUCUCGGUCAAUCACCAUGAGAUUACGCCUUCGAAGAAGCCCGGCGAGAAUUCCACACAACUCGGUCUGCUCAACCCUGGAAUCUACCGAAUCAAGAACGAUGUGAAAUACAGCAUCGAACUUUCACAAUGGUCUCAUACACACUGGGCGCCCUUCACCCCACCCGCCGCAGAUAGCUUGCAACUUGAAUUCAGCAUGCUUUCCCCCUUCCACCGCCUUGGACUGACGCCAACAUCAUCUUCCGCCAACAGCACAACCUUCUCAACCACAUUUACAACUCCCGACCAACACGGCAUCUUUGCCUUCAAAGUCAACUACAAACGACCUUGGCUCACCAACAUUGAAGAAAAGUUGCAAGUGACAGUCCGACAUUUCGCGCACGACGAAUGGCCACGAUCAUGGGCCAUCACCGGCGCAUGGCCAUGGAUUGCAGGUCUAUGGAGCGUCAUCGCUGGUUUCUUGGCUUUUGUCAUUCUCUGGCUCUACUCUGAACCGCCUAAGGAGGAUGGCCAGAGAAGGAGGAAGUUGAGUAUUUCCACUGCCAAGUAAGUGAGUAUUUGGUAGGUUUAUAGGAAACUCGGCGAGUCAAGUGACUGAAGUGAGUUUGUGCAGACGGCACGGGUGCGAGGGGAUAGAGAAAACAAAAGUGUAAUCAUAUAUACCGUCAACGACAACGUCAACGUCGACAGGCGAAGGAAGCGUCACUUUGCAUACGAGGCCACCAUGAAUUAUUAGCUAGAACGGUUAUGUUGUUCAUGGACAAGUCUUGAAGAAAAGUCAACCAAUAGAAAAUUGAAUGUUCAAGAGUAUUAU